CGUGACACAAUGGCGGCUUCCGCUGUGGGCACGUACUUUUUGUCGAUCGUCUUUAUUAAAAUGUAAAGAUCUGUCGAAAGUGAGUUCUUUUCGACAGGUUUUUGGCAUUUAAAAAUGACAUAGCAAUAUAGAAACUCCAAGAUAUUUGCGGGAGAGGAACGCUGGAGGUAUUAACACACGGUACGAGAAAGGAUUACGCUUACCACAAAAUGUCAAAGCGACCUGCAGAUAGCGGGGAUUCGGGAUCCCAGCCCCCCAUUAAAAAAGUUCAAUUCGAACCUACUUUAAUCGGGCCUAUAUCGACCCUCGAAGAAAUGGACAUGAAAGUUCUACAAUUUCAAAAUAAAAAGUUGGCCCAGCGAUUAGAACAGCGUCAUAGAAUAGAGGCAGAGUUAAGGCAAAGAAUAGAACAAUUAGAAAAACGACAAAUGCAGGAUGAUGCAGUGCUCAAUGUUGUUAAUCGUUAUUGGAAUCAGUUAAAUGAAGAUAUACGUGUAUUACUUCAGAGAUUUGAUGCAGAAACAGCCGAUGAAUCAGAAAAUAAAAAUGAAAGUGAAGCUACAACAUCAUUUCUCAUGCAACUUUCAUCUUGGGAUAAAGAGGAAUUAGAUGAUAAACUGGCAAAUCGCGUCCAAGUAUCCAAACGCGCAGUUUCUAAAGUUGUGCAAGCGUUUGAUCGUCUUUCUCAAAGAAACGAGAAAAUUACCCUCGCGCUUAAAGGAGAGUUUGAUGGAGAAGAUGCACCCAAUAUCGAUGAAGUCGUACGUAGAGCAAAUUCUGAAAUACAAAUGGAAAAUAGAAAUCUUCAAGCAAUAAACAUACAGCUUCAUGAGAAAUAUCAUACCAUCUCAUUGAAGAUGUCAGAAUUGCAAGAUACUAUAACAGGGAAAGAUACUCUUGCUGCAGAACUUCGUAAUCAAGUGGAUGAUCUUCAGUACGAAUUGAAUAAAGUGCGCGCGCGUAAUGAUAAAUUGGAGCAUCAUCUUGGAGAAGCUAUCGAAAAGCUAAAGGCGUUUCAACAAAUACAUGGUACAGAUGAAAAGGGUAGCAAUAAACCAAAUACCCUAGUUGCAUCUAGUGUUUCACAAACGAAGGUCGAAGAUUUGCAGAGAGAAUUAGAAGAGACGAGGGAGCUAGCCAAUAACAGACUGCAAGAAUUGGAUAAACUGCAUCAACAACAUCGCGACGCAUUGAAAGAAGUAGAAAAAUUAAAAAUGGAUAUACGGCAACUUCCGGAAUCAGUUAUUGUUGAGACAACGGAAUACAAAUGUUUACAGUCACAAUUUUCUGUAUUGUACAAUGAAUCGAUGCAACUGAAAACUCAAUUAGACGAUGCCCGCCAACAGUUACAAUCCAGUAAAAACGCCCAUUUACGACAUAUCGAAAUGAUGGAGAGCGAAGAGUUAAUGGCCCAAAAGAAAUUGCGCGGGGAAUGUAUACAACUGGAAGAUGUGUUAGCGCAAUUACGAAAGGAAUACGAAAUGUUAAGAAUCGAAUUUGAACAAAAUUUAGCGGCGAACGAGCAAACAGGACCAAUUAAUAGAGAAAUGAGGCACUUGAUAACGUCCCUUCAAAAUCAUAAUCAGCAACUUAAAGGCGAAGUUCAUCGUUACAAACGGAAAUACAAAGAAGCUUCUUCAGAAAUACCAAGGCUAAAGAAAGAAAUCGAGGAAUUAACAACUAAAUUAGGUCAACAAACAUCUCAGGAAAAUAAGGAGGGUAAUAACUCAGAUGGUAGUGGAAAGGAGGAAGACGCUUCUAAUUCUCUUCCAGGUUCUACGCAGAUUAAAGAAGAAAGCGGUGUUUCUAUAAAACGAGAAUGUGGAGAGGAAGACGUUGAAACUAUUGAAGUUGGGGAAGGGGAAGGAAACAAAGGUACUCCAGACUCUCUGACUUUAACUUCUCCAACUCUAAAGAAAGAAAAAGAUAUUAAACGCGAGAAGGACAUUAAGAAAGAAACUGUUAAAACCGAACACCGUGAUCCCGCCCAUCGCGCUAAAGAAUCGAAAGUUGCGGAAUCAGAACUUGUCAGAGAUCUGAAAGCACAACUGAAAAAGGCUGUGAACGAAAUGAAAGAAAUGAAGCUACUGUUAGACAUGUACAAAGGUGUUGGAAAAGAGCAAAGAGAUAAAGUGCAACUGAUGGCUGCUGAACGAAAAACAAGAGCGGAAUUAGAGGAAUUACGCCAACAAAUAAAGAAAAUCCAAGAAAGUAAACGCGAAGAGCGAAAAAAGUUAGCGGACGAGGAUGCACAGAUAAAAAUUAAAAAGCUAGAGGAGCAAGCGUACACGCUACAGCGCCAAGUUGCUUCACAGAAACAGAGUUGUGUGUGGCUGCAGGAAGAAGAGGCUCUUUUAAACGAAAUGGAAGUAACUGGGCAAGCGUUUGAGGACAUGCAGGAGCAGAACUCCAGAUUGAUACAACAGCUACGCGAAAAAGAUGACGCGAACUUCAAACUCAUGACAGAGAGAAUUAAGAGCAAUCAGCUGCACAAAUUGGCAAGAGAAGAGAAAGAUGUUUUAAAGGAGCAAGUGUCUACAUUAACAACGCAAGUCGAAGCUGCUAAUGUGGUUGUUCGGAAAUUAGAAGAAAAAGAGCGCCUUUUGCAGAACUCCCUUGCUACUGUCGAGAAAGAAUUGGCCUUGAGGCAGCAAGCGAUGGAGAUGCAUAAACGGAAAGCUAUCGAAAGCGCUCAAUCCGCAGCUGAUUUAAAACUUCAUCUUGAAAAAUAUCAUUCUCAGAUGAAAGAGGCGCAACAAGUUGUGGCUGAAAAAACCAGUUCCUUAGAAGCAGAAGCGUAUAAAACAAAAAGACUACAGGAGGAGAUAGCUCAAUUGAGACGUAAAGUCGAAAGGAUGAAAAAGAUUGAGCUUGCUGAAACAUUGGACGAAGUGAUGGCGGAGGAAUUGAGAGAAUAUAAAGAGACUCUUACGUGCCCUUCCUGCAAAGUAAAGCGCAAAGAUGCAGUUUUAACAAAGUGUUUUCACGUAUUCUGUUGGGAUUGUUUGCGUACGAGAUACGAAACGCGGCAACGAAAGUGUCCAAAAUGUAAUUGUGCUUUUGGAGCUAACGAUUAUCAUCGUCUGUACCUUUCCACCUGAAGGAGAAAACUCUAAAUUAUUGAAAUUCGUGUGAUGUCUUUUAAUUCGACUGCGUGAAUCUUUUUUUUAAGAUUACGAUGUGCAUUUUUCUUAUAUUCCCUAUUUAUUGUCCUGAUCAUUGGUAAAGGUGAGUAAUGCAGUUACAUAUGUUUUACGAAAAGAAAAGAAAAAAAGAAAAUGUACAAAUAAAGAUUGUAAAAUGUUGCUAUUAUUUCGUCAAAUGUAAUACAGAAAAAUACUGCAUUUUUAAAACAUUUUGUAAUCAGUUCGCCAUAUGGGCGUUGCGUGAAUGCUACACCACCGUUUUCGUACGUUUUGAUCUCGCGAGAAGACAGAAGUUGAGUCUUAUCAAAGGAGCGACUAACGAUAGCACGGAAUAAUGAAACGAUCGGUUGUAUAAUAAUUUUAUUUAGGCUUAAAAUUCGGCUCGAACGUAACUUGGAUCAUGAAAGUCAGUGGAAUCUGAACUUUAAAGUAGCUCGAAUUUUAAGAAUGAUUCACAGUAGAUAUAUUGUAAUAUAUUAUAAAUAUGAAUUUAAAAAAAAAAAACUACUACCUAUCUAUACAAUUAGGACCUCUUGCAAAAAUAUUAUUUGAUGAUUAUUAAAUUGCAUUAUAAAAUGUCUUCAUCCGGAGGUCCUGGAAAAGUUUUAGUUUUAUAAGCGUCGUUUCGCAUUUCCCCGAGUGACUGAAAUGUUAAGAAACAUAUUAGGAACAAAGUUACAACUAGAGAUGUAAUUAAUUUAUUGUAUCGAAAUUGUACGGAACACAUAAGGUAGGAAAACAAUUGAUUUAGAAAUCUUUACUUCUCUGAUUGAAAUGUUCUUUUUAUAUUUUGUUUAGUGUAAUUUCAACCCUUUUCUACUUUUGUUAAUAAACAUUUCAGUUCUUUUAUCAAAUAAAGAUACGUGGAAAUGUUUCUAGUGUAUACUACUCAAUAUAAUAGAGAUUAAUAUCGAUUUGAAGCAAGAUUAGAUGUAAAAAAUUAGAAUGAUAAUUCAAGGAUGUAAUUUUCGAUAUUUUGUAACGGAGGUCGAGAGGUGUAUAAAUAGUUACAACCAUAAAUAGAGGAGGAUUUUUAAAUCACAUUUUUUUAUGAUUUAUAAUUAUUGAUUGUACCAUAUUUAAAAAAAAAAAAGAAAUUAACUAAUGUAUGUCAAAGAUAUAAUAGUAAAGGGAGCUUCCCAAC